AUGGAUCUUCGAGCGGUUGUCGUUGUGUUGCUGUGCUGUGUGGCAACCAUCGUAAUGGGGCAGGACGAUUCCGAUGCAGCAGCCUUUCCGGGACGUAUCUUACCUUCCUCUUACGGCUUGGGAUGGAGAGGAUAUGUCAUGCCGAUGUACACCGGAGAAAAGAAAUGGGCUUCAAACGAGCGUACGAUUCCCUCUAGUCACGCUCAAUUAUUAGGAGAUGAUGAAUUAUCACGAAUUGAGAGAUCGAUGACGGAAAAGAUGAAGAGCUUGAAAGGGCGAUACAAUGGCCAGAUUCGUGACAUCCUUUUCGGGAAGUGA